AUCGUCACAAUUCCAACAUGGUCGCGGUGAUUACACAGUCAAGUAAGUUUGUGGUGAGCCCAAGCCCAGUUCGUUCAGUGUUCUCGAGGUGCGUGUACUCCAGAAUUGUAUUUAUUGCGAGAACAUGGCAUAUAGUGCUCAUGAAUACAUUGACAUGGUUAUUACAUACGGUGCAUGCGGAGGAAACAGUCAUGCAACAAGCCGUCUCUAUGCGGAACGAUUUCCCGGACGCAAACAACCCAAUUCCAGCUCUAUUCUGAGAUGUAUCCAUCGUUUACGUGAAACAGGAUCAGUGUUCGUAACUCCAUCAUUUAGACGACAACGUGGUGUAAAAAAGCGUGCUUGCAUUGAGGAGAAAAUUCUGCGAGCAUAUGAAAAUGGAAAGAAUGUGUGCCAUAUAGCUCGUUCGUUCGGUGUGUCUCGAAGCAAUAUAUACCGUAUACUCGAUCGGUACGAAGUGCGUCGGUUUGAUCAACUUGAGCGAGAUGAAAAUCAGAGGGAUACUUGUGAAGACGUAUCGAAUGUCUCUGCAAUCGAGAAAUCUACGGGCAAAAAAAAUAACAUCAAAAUUACAAAUGACAAGAGUUGUUUGUCGAAGGAAGACAUAGAGAAGACGGUAAACGAAGACGAAAAGUACCGAUCUUCCGCCAAAAAUGCUCUCGAGUUAUACUGCUCCAACAUGAAGAAUAUGAUAGACACAAUUAAAGAUAAGAUCGAUGCGUCCGAUAAGGAGAAAGUUCUUUUUAAGUGCAAUGAAGUCAUCUCUUGGUUAGAAGCCAAUCAAUUGGCAGAGAAGGAAAAAUUCGUUGACAAGCAGAAGGAAUUGGAAGCCAUAUGUAAUCCCAUUGUCACGGAAUUAUAUCAAAGUGGCGAAACGUCUGAUGGUUUCUCUGAUACUGGCGGAGCAGAAUCUAAUCCUAGUGAUGGCACUGGACCAACUAUCGAGAAAGUCGAUUAAAUGAAUUGGCGAACUCCUGUUUUUCUUUUAUUACAACUAUAUUAAAUUUUGUAUCAUUUAAUUUUGUUUCAUUCAACAA